AUGCGCCUCGAGAACCAAGGCACCGUCAGCGUCAGCACGCCGGCGACGCACCGCUGGAUGAAGGAGGCAAUCCGCCUGUCGCUGGAGCCGCUGCCGGAGCGGGGCCCGCUGAUGCGCGUGUGCAUGGUGCGCAUCGCGAGCACGCAGCGCAGCGUCGUGUUCGUGCUCCUGCACCACGCGGCCCUCGACGGCGCGGCCUUCCGCGACCGCCUCCUCGUCGACCUCCUGGAGCAUCUCAGCGGCGUUGACUCCGGCCCCAGGGACUCCUCCAGUCUGCCGCGUCAGUUCCAGCCCCCGCGGCGCCUGCGUGGGCUUUUCGGUUCGUGGGCGGCGCUGAACUCCGGUGCUCUGGCCUACUGGAAGUACAAGCGCUCCGUCACCCCGCUGCCGCUCGGCAGGCCCUCCGCGGUGAAGAUGUGCAACGCGGCCGGCGUCGACGAGUUCAUGCGUGUUCGGCGCGACCUGCACGAACAGAUGGACGGGUUGCUUGUUGUGUCGUUCCCCGACGUCAUGACGACGGAGCUCCGGACCAUCUCGAAGGCCAGAGACGUGUCUCUGAUGGCCGCGCUCGCGGGCGCCGCGAACCUGGCCGUGUACUCCGCGCUGCUGGACCAGGGCUGGAUGCCGCCGCCGGCAGAGCAGGGGUGUGGGCCGUGUCGGAAGACACCGCGGCAGCAGACCGUGUGCACGUCGAUGUCGCUGUCGCUGCGUCCGGCUAUGGUGCCGCCCGCGCUGCCCAGCGACCCCGACGGCGUCGGCAACUUCGCCUACCAGCUGAUCUAUCCCGUCAACAUCUUCCUACCUGAGUCAGGGGAGGAGUUCUGGAAGAUGGCGUCAACGCAGUGGCGCGUGCUGCAGAAGCAGGUGGCCGCGAACAAGCCGAUGAAGCUCGUCCGCUCGACGGAGAUCAUGUGCGACCGCAAGGGCAGCGACGAGGCCCAGCGCGAGCAGCUGCUGGACUGGGGCGAGAAGCUCAUCCCUCUGUGCUCCCUCAACAACCUUGGCGUCAUCGCGCCCGUCGACGCGGCCGGCGCGCCGCUGCAGGGCGUCGAGGCGGUGUACUGGUGGGCGGGCGGCGACCGGUCGCUCGCUGGCGCGUGGCUGGAGAUGCAGGCGAGCACGGUGAACGGCAGGAUCGUCGUCACGCUGCACAACAACCUGGGCAAGUGGACGACGUCGCAGUUCGCGGACGUCGCGCGGCGGUUCCAGCACUACGUCCUGUCCGCGGCCGGCAUGCGCGCGUGGGACGACACGGCGGAGCUCGGCGAGGUGCGGCCGGCGUGA